AUGGCUAGAUCACCGUCUACACCAACAUCUUCCAAUGUUCUCGUUGGAAGCGCGUCCGCGUCCAGAAAGCGAUCUUCGCCUGAACAAUCCGGCUCAUCGAAGAGAAGACGAACAGAGCCCGUUACCCCUUCCAAGCCCAUAGAAGUUAUUGAUCUUACAGGUGACUCUCCUGAAGUUCAUACUGCGCCUGCGAAGUCCAGAGCGAAAAGAACUCCAUCGAAGGAAACGCCAGAGCGCCGGGCGAGGAUGUUUCGCCGCAAGCCACCACAGACAUUCCUGGAGAAGUUGGCCCGUGCAACCACACAGAGGAUGUUUGUCAUUGGUCGCAGAAGGACGGGCACUGACGAAGCCCCCGAGGAAAAGGUCGACAUGGUUGGGACAACGGGCAAUAUCUACACUGUCACCAUUGCGAAAGAACCAACCUGCACCUGUCCUGAUGCCCUUAAAGGCAACCAAUGCAAGCAUAUCAUUUACGUACGUGCUCUCGCCACUGUCGCACCUUGUCCAACUGCUUACCAUGCAAAAGGUUCUCGUGAAUGUUCUCAAAGCGCCAGCCCAUCUCCAAUAUCAAUUGGCUUUUCUCUCAUCUGGAGAGUUCGGGAAAGCUCAUAUUGGUUACAGGAACUGCGGGAGAUGUUCGAAAAGGCUCCUAUAAGCCCCCAAGGUACAGAAUCCAGCGAUGACACUUCGGGCAAGCGCAAGCCUGUCGAGGGCGAUUGUCCAAUUUGUUUCAUGGAGUUUGAUCCACAAGCCGACGAGAUUGUUUGGUGCAAGGCGGCGUGCGGAAACAACGUGCACAAAGCCUGUUUCGAUCGGUGGGCGGCGAGCACGCGCGAGAACGGAGUGCGCUGUGUCUACUGUCGAUCCCCCUGGCCAGUCGACGAUACGCGCCUCGACCUCAAAUCCCUCGUGAAGAAUGCACGUGUCAGUCACGAGGGAUACCUCAAUGUCGCGUCCAGUCUCGGCAUGUCCGGCAUACGUGGUACGUGCCCUCCCUCGAUAGCAUUUUCUCGAUCCAAUAUGUAUGUCUGUACUAACGAUCUCGUUUCUCCCCGACAGAUUAUUCUACCUAUUACCAACCAUGGGUACAACGGCGGUAUCGUUACUACUAUUGAUUGA